GCAGCUGGCUCUGCAGAUGCCGUGGAGAUGGCACAGAGCUGACGCAGGUCAAAACCAGAAGCGUCUCGUUUCGGCACAUCACAUUCAAUGCUCUGGAAACACAGCCUUUCUCUGCUCCAGGCCCAGGAUGUGGAAGGCCAAAUGGAAACACUGGUGAUGCAUCCCGUCCUAAAGGCCUUUGUGUGUGGCUCCAUCAGUGGGACUUGCUCCACGCUCCUCUUCCAACCCCUUGACCUGCUGAAAACCCGCCUGCAAACUCUGCAGCCUGCUGUGAAUGGGUCCGGUCGUGCUGGGAUGGUGACGCUGCUCUUUAGGGUUGUCCGUACAGAGAGUCUUCUGGGGCUCUGGAAAGGUGUCUCUCCUUCCUUUGCAAGAUGUAUUCCUGGGGUUGGGAUUUACUUCAGCACUUUGUACAUGAUGAAGCAAAAGCUUCUAGUGGAGCGUUCACCCACAGCCCUGGAGUCUGUGUUUCUGGGAGCCACUGCACGUGCGGUUUCUGGAGUGUGCAUGUUGCCAGUAACUGUAGUGAAGACCCGAUACGAGAGUGGAAGGUUUGGCUAUGGGAGUGUGUAUGGAGCUCUGAAGAACAUCUAUCAGACAGAAGGGGCUCGUGGCAUGUUCAGUGGGCUGACGGCGACGCUGCUGCGGGAUGCUCCCUUCUCUGGCAUCUACCUGAUGUUCUACACACAGACCAAAAAACUCUCACCUCAGGACCAGCUGGAUCCAGUGCUCAUGCCCUUGCUGAAUUUUGGCUGUGGGGUCUUUGCAGGAAUCUUGGCCUCACUGGCAACGCAGCCUGCUGACGUCAUCAAAACACACAUGCAGCUCUGCCCUCAAAAGUACCACAGGACCAGCCAGGCCAUUGCCUUCAUCUACAAGGAUUUUGGGUUGGUGGGCUUCUUCCGAGGCGGCGUGCCCCGUGCCCUCCGUCGGACUCUGAUGGCAGCGAUGGCAUGGACAGUGUAUGAACAGAUGAUGGAAAAAAUGGGCUUGAAAUCUUGACUGGCUUGCACAAGAAGUGACCAGCUUCACUCCUCCUCCUGCUUGCUGUGAUCAACUGGCACUAGGAAGUUCCCAGUUCCACAGAGGAAUAAGCCUUACUCAGCCAGAAAGAAGAAAGCGCUACUGAGACAGAGGAUGAGGCCUUUUGGCAAGUCAAAGACUGUGCUUGCAGACUGCCAUGGGAAAUGGCAGUGUUUGGCAAGUCAAAGACUGUGCUUGCAGACUGCCAUGGGAAAUGGCAGUGUUUCCACCGCCUGGUAACUGUGCUGAGAGAAAAGCCCCUUUUAGAAACAGCUCUCUGCUCAUGACCUUUAUGCAAUGAGACGUUGCUGAGCAAAGGUGUUCUGAGGAGAAAACAGCGAUUGCAGAACGUGCCAGCCUGUCCCUUGCUGGUCUGGCCAGUAGGGUCACAAUGACCCACCAUCUGAUGGAGAUCCUCCUGCCUCAGAUGCUUUGUUCUCACAGGGGAACGUUGCAGACCACGGUGGGAGACUGGAUGUGUCUCCUAAUGCAGGAGUGGGUGGAAGAGAAAUGAAGUGCUGACGGAAUCUGUUGUCACUUUUGUACUAUGCAGGAUAGCAGAGAAGGUAACUGGAACCUCCGUGCUUUGUCAUGUGUUAGUAUGUGUUGAGCAUCUUAACACUCUUGGAAUGUGCUUCUGCCUCUACAGCAGUGUUUGCACAGGAAUUAAGAAGCAUAAGGCACUUUAGAGUUGAUUGCUACCAAAGUUCUACUCGUUCUCUGAGAAAUAUUUUUCCUGCUAGUCUGAGUAUCAGGAACACACAAGUGGCUUUGGUUGUUUUUUAAUCCAGUUGCACUAGAGACUUACUUGCUUCUGAUUAUUCAUUUGCUGGUCCUUGAUCAACGCCCCCAGUGAGAGCUGGUCCUUAGAGGUAGCUUUUAGGGUCAUAGCUCAUGAUGAAUGAAUGUGUAACGGAAGCAGGAUAUAGAUACGCUUGAGAUUGCCCUUAAAAGCUGCUGCUGAUUGCAUGUGGAGUAUCUUGGGGUUUAGAAAGAAAAGGUUACUGUCUUCUACAAGCUUUUCUCUCCAAACUUUCAGACCUGUGAGUGUUUGGUAGGGAACUUCCGUUCUCUGUGAGCUCCACAUAGACCCUUCAGAGUUUCCUGGAUGAUCAGUUUCUAUUAGUGGCUAGUCCAUAUUUCAGUAUUCCUCACUUUAGGCUUAGAGGUAAAUGUCUGCUGUGCCUUCUUCCUCAUUGCUCCUUUGUUAUACAGACCUCACAGUGUGUGCUGUCCCAACUCGGGUACAGCCCGCUCCCCUCUUCACUUGUACCUCUGUGCUGUCUGUCUGGCUUGGGAUCCUUACUGCUCUGUUGGCAUUGCCGCAAAGCUGGGCAUGCAAGUGUGCUGCAUCUUCUCAGGUGUGCCUUGCAGGAAACUGGUGUGGGGAAACUGGUGCUAUGUGGUGCUGGAGUCACCAGGAAUGGUGGUGGAGGGUCUCACGUGCACAUGUCUACAUGUUAAUGAUAGAGCACUUCAUCAAAUCAUUCCAUGUUGGGACUGAUGAACUGUCAGAUUGCCUCUGCUUCUUCUGUGUGCCCAGGCAUGUGGGCACAUAGUUUUCCAAAUCCUAAAUAAUCCUAAAUCCCAAUUGUUCCUUUCUUUUGCUGUCCCUCCUACCCUUAGUGACCUGAACUCGUGAGACUGCAUGAAACAGUGGUAACUGCACAUCCUCCUUUGUUUCCUUAUCCUGACUACUACUGCCACAGAGAGCUGGGGAACCCAAGUCUAGGAUUGUUGGCCUGGCAGAGAAAGGUGCCAGUUACACAAGUUACCUCAUUUAUUUUUUAUUCCCCAGUGUGUGGGAUCAACAUGUUGUACUGGAAGCCUGAGUGUAUGUGUUGGUGUGUGAGCUGGAUCUGGCGAUCAUCCUGGACUGUGGCAGCAAAGGGCUGCUUAUGGUGUUCUGUGAAGUGCUUCAUGACUGAAUUCACGAUCUAGCAAUGGCAAAGUGAUGUGCAUUUAAAAAUGAGGCAGGUGAGCAAAGAUCGCCAGGUGGUUAAGACUUGAAUUAAGUAACAUCCUCAUUGGAAGCCUGAAGUGCAGGAACACUUCCGUGGCUUUUAUGCCCUAUACUUCUGCCUGGUCAAGUAACAAAGGAAGAACUAGAGAGUUUAUAGCAUUGUGCUGGUGUUUUGAAGCCUACUGAGAUUUUCUUUAUGAAGUUUUAUUAUUUAUUGUCUUAAUCUGGAUUCAGUGUUAGCUUUUCCUCCGGGAGUGUUCUUCCUUUCCCCUUACUUUGUGGACAGUGAUGAGGCUCUUUGUUACUGUGGUAGAGUGAGAAAGUGUAUGGUUUUGGCUUGUGAAUUAGCCAUUGUGAAUGGCUCCUUUGAGUUGAAGAGAUAGAGAAUCUAAGCUACACUGUGUAUCAACCCUUGGUGCUACAAAUCCCUGCAGAUGAGCUGGGGAGACUGAGGUUUUGCAAUGCAAGUUUGUGGUUUGAUAUUCUUUCUUUGCUGUUUGUUGAAGCUACUUCUUGAUAGCUGUAGCAAGUCAAAAACCACAAGUCUUAGAUGUAUUGCCCUUGAGGUUGAACACUUCUAAUUAACAAGUGGGCACUGUACUACCUAAAUGCUGAGUAAAUCCAUUAGAAUACCCCUCAUAAGAGGUGCUCAGUCACCUCCCUGCAUCAUGCCAGUGAUUCAGCACUCACAGUCCCAUGGGGUAAUCAUUUCCAAAGCCAUCUUAGCUCAGAUUCCAAAGAAGGUGGUGUCACCUGUUCUGUAUGCAGCAGGAUGGCAGUUGGGUCCCUCAGAACCCCACUGUCUGGGAACACACUGCUAGUGAAGGGGCAUGGUGUCUGCUUCCCCUGCAGCUGUGCUGUAAGAACCCAGCUGGGUAACAUCUGGAGCUGUAAGGACACGAGAGAAAUAGUCUGGUUAUUUAUUCUUCAGAAACUUCACCUUUCCAUUCUUCCUGUGCCAAUGGUGUUUGGUUUGCACUGUUCAAACAGACCUGAAGCUUUGGAACAUUGCAUAGGUUUGAGUAUUGUGUUCCUGUGUCUGUAAAACAUUCACAUCAGAAAGUGUAUUAAAUGUUUCUGCUAAAAA